UUUUUCUUUUUAUUCUCGUUUCUGAAUUCUCAUUUUCGACCAAUUGUUCUCUUUUUGCCUUUGUUGAUCGCUGCUUGCGUCUCAAUUCGGACUCGAAUCAAUCCAGCACCCAAGGAACACGAACAAACACCCCCAUUUUGACUCACCCCCCUCGUCACCGGGUGAGACAGACUCGGAGAAACAAACAAACCUCCACUUGAAAAAACAAAACAAAGGCUAAAUCCACUAGGCGUGCAUAUCCUACUCCAGUCGACUGGCACCCGAUGACAGACUCGCCAAUCAACACGGGCACCCUGGGCUCGACACCCACAGGAUGGGCCAACUUUCUGCUCAAUGAAGAAGAGUUUCCCGACGAAACCAUGAAGUCGGCCUACUUUGCCAAUCCAAUCUUCGACUUGGCCAUCACCGGGCUUGGCGGUGCCGCUGACGAAAUGGAAACAAACACGGAGACGAAAAAGCCGGCUCGGGGAUUUGCAGCGACCGGCCGACUGUCCAUCAUUCUGUCCGAAGAGGCAGUCGAAGCGAUGCUGCCCAAGAAGCGUGCCAGCUCCGACUCGGUGCACUCGCUCGGCGGCGGCCACCGACAGUCCGUCUUCCGUCGCCGCCCGUCGGUCAGCAGCAACACUGGCGGGUCUCGCUCGGGCACGCCAACUCCGCCAGAAGGGGCUGGUUCGCUCGUUGCCGCGACCCUUUCCAAGGCUGCCAGCAAGGUAGGCGCUGCCCCGACGAGCAGCGUCCAGCGUGCCACAACGCCUCCCGCCAUUGUCAUUCCAGGGUCUGUUUCGCCAGUUCCGCGACAGCCUGGCGGGCCGACGCAGCAGCUGCUGGUCGCCGACCCUGCCUGGUACAUUUAUUCAGCACGCGACGUCUGGAUUGCCGAGGACGACGACGUGCCAAGCGGCGCUCAGAGCGCCAGCAUGAGCCACGCCAGCAGCCUCAGCAAUCUCGCCGCCGCGUCGUCGCCCAUGCUGCCGGCUUCACCCCACUCUGCUGCCGCUCUCAGCCAUCGCCGGCAAUCAUCGUAUACCUCCACAGACUCUUCCAACAGCCUGCCCUCGCUGGCCUCGCCCGGAGGCAUGCGUCGAGGCAGCGCAAAUGUUGGCACGCCGGCCGCUCCGUUGUCGACCGGUGGUGGCGCCAAUGUCGUGACUACGACUGCCGCUGCCGCCGCUGCUGCUGCUUCUGCUCUGUCGCCCGAAUCGCACCGCGGAAUUGAGCUGAGCUAUCGAUUCUAUCGCGAGUUCUUUUACGGUCACAAGCACAAGAUUUUCUGCGGGACGCAGGACAAUGCACCCAUGAUUUUGGCCAUCUUUUGCGAGGAAAAGGACUAUAAAGACCAUCCGAACGCCCGGUUGACGGUGGAGAGUCGUGACAAGUUCGGCGGCUCGCGUGGCUCGGUCGGGUCGGAGACCCAGUCGCAAACCGACUCGCUUCACGAGCCGUCGCGCGACGGCGGCGGCAGCUCGGACAGCGACCAGCCGCUCUCCCCGCCCAUUUUGUCGCCAAAGACGGCGCCCGCCCCAGCACGUGCCAGCGGCGUCUUUUCGUUCGACAAUAUUGCUGCACUCGACUCGAAAGCCUCCACCCAGGAGAAGGACAAGCACGGGCAGUCUAGUUCGCAAGACUCGCACGCCAGCAAUCACCGACACUACAUUGCGCUGUUGUGGACGCAGGACGCGGUCAUCUGCACUGCGUUUGUGGACGACUCCAACCGUUGGAAGAAAAUCACUGCUGCAGUGAAAUCCCGGGCGCGGCGUGCACUGCACUUGGUGUCGCCUCACUUUCCCCUUGAGUUCCGCUCCGCCAUCACGUCUCUCAAGCGUGUGCGCGAGUCUGUCUAUACUCCCAACUCGCUGCUCAAGAUCGAAGACCACCUCUUUGACAUGUUCUUCCCAACCCGCUUCAAGUUUGGCGUCGUGUAUGUGCGCGAUGGACAAACCCACGAGGACGAUGUCUUUGCCAACUCGGAGCCCAGCGCAGGCUUUUCCAACUUUUUGAGCCAGCUCGGCGAUGUCGUGCAGCUCAAGGGCUUUGUCGGGUAUGCCGCUGGUCUGGACACUCGCACGGACACCACGGGCGAAGUUUCCGUCUACACAAAGUGGCGAGAUGCCGAGAUCAUGUUCCAUGUGGCUACAAUGCUCCCGUACGGAGCUGUGGACAAGCAGCAACUGCAGCGCAAGCGGCACAUUGGCAACGACGUGUGCGUUAUUGUGUACCACGAGAGCAAGCAGCCAUACUGCCCGUCGCUUAUCAAGUCGCAGUUCAACCACGUCGUGCUGGUUGUGCGUCCAGAAACCUCGCCACCGCCAGAAGUUGCCGCAGCCGCGCCGAACAAGUCCUUCUACCAUGUGGACGUGGCAGCCAAGCUGGAAGUUCCGCAACCCGAAGGCAUUGUUGCGCCGACGCUUUGGGAGAGCGGUCCGCAGCUCAAAGAGCGGCUGUUGCAAAUUCUGUGCGUCGCCCAGCAGAAUGCCAUGCAGGCACGCCAAUUCUACUUGCCGAUCUGCAAGUUCCGCGAAAGCCUUCUCUGCACUCUUGUGAAUGACAUUGAGCGAAAGCGCUUUGUGGACCUUGCAGGCACUGGAAGCGUGAACGGCGGUGGCAGCGUGAGCGGUUCCGGCACGACCAGCAGCCCGCCUUCCACCGGCGGUUCGAAUCUCGUUCGCCGAACCUCCCACAUGUCCGACGACAAGCCGUCAUCCCUCUUUAAAAACAAAAUGUCUCGCCAGCAGUCCUUGCCUCAGCUGGAUUCGCGAGCAAAGUAGUCGGUCACCUUGUCUGCCUCUUUUGUUUGUUUUUUCUUUUCUUUCUAUUGUGAUUGUUAGUUUUUUUUUUGGUUUGAGAUGUUGCUUUUUGUUGUUGCAUGCGUUGUUUGAUUUUUUUUUGCUGGUUUUUCCUUGCCGUUUCGGUUUUGAUUUCAGGUGGGUGUACAUUUGUGCUGGUCGCGAUUUUCUUGUUGCUUGUUUAGAGUUUUUCCCCCACCUCGCUUUGUUGUUGUUGUCGUUAUGCCUUGUGCCUGUCGAGCCUUAUUUUUUUCUUUCACGAA